AUGACUACACGUUUAUAUCAAAUUGCCGAGUUGAAAGGACACACGGAUCGAGUAUGGUCCGUUGCUUGGUCUCCCACCGGAAACGUCCUUGCCUCAUGUGGAGGAGAUAAAACAAUUCGUUUAUGGGUUUCUAACUCUGAUAAUGAAUGGAUAUGUACCAAUGUAUUAGAGGGAACACACAAAAGGACAAUAAGAAGUAUUUCAUGGAGUCCUAACGGGCGUCAGCUUGCCACUGCGAGUUUUGAUUCUUUGGUCGGUAUUUGGGAACAAGAGGAAGGAGGGGAUUAUGAAUGCGUUGCUACCUUAGAAGGUCAUGAAAAUGAGGCUAAAUCUGUUUCGUGGGCAAAAUCCGGAACGUUACUUGCUACAUGUGGCCGUGAUAAGAGUGUAUGGAUAUGGGAAGUGGGAACUGAUAAUGACUUUGAAUGUCUGAGUGUUCUUCAAGAUCAUACGCAAGACGUAAAGAUGGUUAUGUGGCAUCCGACCAAAGAAAUAUUAGCAUCAGCUAGUUAUGAUGACACAAUUAAAAUUUGGAAAGAAAACGAUGAUGAUUGGUACUGUUCUGAUACAUUAGAGGGACAUGAAAGUACGAUAUGGGCAAUCGACUUUGAUAAAACUGGUGAAUAUUUAGUAUCCGCGUCUGACGAUAAAUCACUUAAACUUUGGCGUUGUUAUCCUCCAGAGAAUCGAGAAGGCAUAAUUACAGAUCGAAAUGAACCAAAAUGGAAAUGUAUAUGUACUUUGAGUGGAUAUCAUCAACGAUGUAUUUAUACAGUGAGUUGGUCAAAGGUUCAUGGACGCAUCGCUAGUAGUGGUGGAGACAACACAAUCAGGGUAUUUGAACAAGAAGAAAGCACAAUUUCUAGUAACAUGACAGAUAAGACAAAUUUUUCAAUGAUCGCAUCAGUCACAUCAGCCCACGGUGUUGUAGAUGUCAACUGUGUGCAAUGGUAUCCUACCGAAAAGCAUCCUAAUUGGCUAGCUACAGCUGGGGAUGAUGGAAUUGUUAGGAUAUGGCAAUUGGCUGAAGAUUAG